UUGAGGGUGGGGCUAAAGACUAGGGUGGCCUAGCUGAUAGACAAGGACUGUAAAGACCAGGGCCAUGGACACACAAAAUAUAGAAACGGCCCAUGAAGGAGGCACGUGCCCAGCGGAUGAUGAGCAGUGUCUAAAGUUAGAGAAGGCAGCCAUAAAGAUUCAGUCAUGGUGGCGAGGCAACGCGGUGCGCCAGACGUUACUGCACGCGGCGCUCAGGGCCUGGGUCAUCCAGUGCUGGUGGAGGUCGAUGCAGGCCAAGAUGCUGGAGCAAAGACGGCGCCUGGCACUAAGACUCUACACCUGCCAGGAGUGGGCAGUGGUGAAGGUGCAGGCACAGGUUCGAAUGUGGCAGGCCCGCAGACGGUUUCUCCAGGCUCGACAAGCAGCCUGCAUCAUCCAGUCUCACUGGCGCUGGCAUGCCAGCCAAACCCGAGGUCUGAUCCGGGGUCGCUAUGAGGUCAGAGCCAGCCGGCUGGAGCUUGACAUCGAAAUCCUCAUGACCUAGGGUGCUGGCAGAGCCAAGGAGACUGGAUCUCUCUCCCAGUGAAGACAUGUACUCACCACAAUCUUGCCCUUUGAACAUUAGACCCACAGCAGAGGAAUCAACCCCUCGCCCUCCUGCCUUCCACCCCAAGAAAUUUUUCCCUGGCAUGGUCUAAAUCCAUUCCAGGGGGCCUCCCCUCCCUGGUGGCGUAGGGGUUAAGUUAAAAAAUAAAAUUAAAUAAGUAAAUCCAUUCCAGAG